UCCUCCCAACACCUACUCUUACACAAAAACGAAGUUCAGUCUCCGCAGCAUCUCCCUCUCCCUCCAGACUCCAUCUGUAGUUGAGAACCAUGCCCUCCCCACAACCCUUCACGACGGCAUCUUCCAUGCUCCGACAGCGCUUAGCGUCCUCCCUCCGUAUACGUGGAGGCGCCGCAGCAGGUCCCAGCCGAUGGACAUCUCCAGGCCACGAGGAAAGGCCCAAGGGUUAUCUAUUCAACCGGACCCCACUUCCACCAGGGCAGUCCCGCAAGUGGGAGGACUGGGAGCUUCCUUGCUACAUCACCAGCUUCCUAACCAUUGUGAUUCUUGGUGUUGGGUUGAACGCCAAGCCCGAUCUGUCCAUCGAGACCUGGGCGCACCAGAAGGCCCUCGAACGCCUCGAGAUGGAGAAACUCGGUGCCUCUGGUUCUGGGGAAUCUGAGUAGAAGCAUGAUCUGGGGUAUGACAUAUGACUUUUUCGAUCCAAAACUUUUGUGGGUUUUUGGUGGUGAACUUUUUACCUGUUGUUGAUAAUGUGUAGUUCAAUAAAAGAUUUUUCACUCCGUUGACAUUCCCUUCUUACAUGGAGGUUACAUUACGCAAAAUUUUAGUUGUUAAUUUGGAUAUUAUUGAUGUUAUAAGCUUCAAUAAGUUAAAAUUUCCUUGUUGCAAUUCA